UUCUUUGUCAAGAGUACGGUGAUACACAUCCUGCUAAGUAGGAAUUUAAACUUCGGACGUUUAAAUUAAGACGACAAGAAAAUUGAAUCAUGACAAAAGUGUGGGCAGUUUUCUUCAUAACCGGCUUCAUAUGUGCGAGUUCCCAGUAUAUUUAUUUGAAUGAACAAAAUGACUGCAAGAGUAAUGAAAAAAAUACUGGAACACUUUCUACACUUCUGGACGAGCUGAGAAAGAUACAGCGUGAAGUACAUCAACUACGACGGGAAGAUAUUGAAAUAAGAGAUAUGCAAACUAACCUUACAUUAUUAAGUAAGGUGCAGCAUCAAGUAGAUGAACUACGAAUGGAAAAUGUGGAACUUAGAGAGCUUAUAACCAACCUCACAUCGACAAGUAAACUUCAGAAAGAAGUAGAGGAACUACGACGGGGUUAUAGGGAAAUGAAGGAUUUGCUGACCAACCUUAGCUUAACAGGUUUGAAACUAACAAGGGAUUGUAAAGAUCACUAUCUACUUGGAAACACACAAUCUGGCGUAUAUGAGAUAAAUCCCUUUGGUAACGAGAUUAGGGUCAGCGUUUAUUGUGACAUGGUGACUGAAGGAGGAGGGUGGACGGCAAUUCAGAAACGAGGGAGUGGAUCAGUGAGUUUUUACAGAACAUGGGCGGAAUACAAAAAAGGUUUUGGAAAUCCUUAUGACACUUACUGGAUCGGAAAUGACAUGAUUCAUCAGCUAACCAAGGGAAAUAACACCUCCCUCUACGUCUCCAUUACAUUACAAGAUGGAAUAACUCUAUAUGAACGAUAUCAACAGUUUUUUGUUUCUGAGGAGUCAGACAAAUACAGACUUUAUCUUGGUGGUCCAACUACCGGGACAUUGGGUGACGCUAUGUUGGACACAGAUAACCCUGAAGCUAACCUGUCAGGGAUGUCCUUCAGUACCCCAGACAGGGAUAACGACGGACAUAGUAACGGACACUGUGCUUCUGGUAACAGAGGAGGCUGGUGGUUUAACAACUGUCAACUCGCCUUCCUUAACGGUCCCUGGUCCCCAGAGCAAUGGGUCAACCCAUGGUUUCCUAUAGUACAGAAUGGUCUAGGGAUAACACAAACUCUCAUGAUGAUAAAACCUUACUGAAUACAUUAUAUCUCAUUUAUUUAAAAGAAAAAAUCAAAGUUUGAAAUUUAAUCCUUUUAUAGAUAUGUAAAGUACAUAUAAUACAUAUAAAGUCCAAUACAUUUAUAAUAAGUGGUGAUGACUUUUUUUUACAUAAUGGUGGAAUUGAUGUUGCAUUACAAAGUAACACAAUGUGUUCUGAAAAUACUGUUAAAUCAUUUUACCUCAAACGAUCAUUGCAAAAUCUUUCUUAUGUAAAGCACUUUUUAUUUAUAUAUUAUUUAAUUUAUUUUGUUAUUCCUUCCAAGGUAUCCAAUUAAGUUUAUUGGGUUGGGGAGAGGUAACAGUGUUCGACAUAUUUUAUUUUCGGAAUUUUGAAUUGCAUAUCCGACAAUGAAUAUUAUCAU